CGCUCUCUGUCAGACACGAGCUUGCUGUUUACUCCUCAGGGUGCAGGUAAUGUGAUAUUGCCUCCUGGUGAGUCCAAUAAAAUAGCAGUGGCACCCUCACUGUUUGGCUUUAGCUGGCAUGGGGUGUGACUUUUGAUUUCCAGCAGAGUUAAUACAGGUUUGUCAGGGAUGCGCCAUCUGUUGGUGACACCCAGGGCCAGUGAUCAAAACAGAGCCCUGGAGAGGCCGACUGUCCCAGACCUCCCACUAUGGAAACUGAAAAGGAAUUGGACACUGCCCCAGCAUCACAAGUCAGUGGCCUCCUCCUUUCUAACUGUGUCUAAACUCCUCAAUGUACCCAGAGCAAGAUUGUUCUCAUGGCAGCAACAUUUCCAGGACUUAAGAGUCUUUGUCUGGCCAUCAACAAAAGCCUUUGGAUUACUGGUGAGGCAGGCUCACAGUGCAGCUGCGUGCGUGUACAGGCAGGUCAGAGGAAUGACUGGAGCUCCGGUGGGCUAAGAGCUCGAAAAAAUGCUGUUUGACACCUACUUGUGAGCUCAUUCCUGUAGGACAAUAACAACACUGACCAGAUGAGGCCUCCUCAUUGGCCCAAGACAGCAGCCAAUCAAACCCAAGGAGCGAGUCACAGGGAAGUGACUGCACCUAUCUGCACUCACCUGAUCCUUUACCUGGCCGAGCUCAGACGCAGCAUCUCAUUACCUUUCCAAUACAAUCCAUAACUGAGGUGCAUUGUGUGUCAGCUCACUCCUGGAGUCAAGGUGUUCCCGUGUGUUUAACUUCACUCAGACAAAGGAAGACGCAGACAUGGCAGUGGCCAACUUCCACUACAUCACUCGGAUGAGCAGCGGCUUCAAGGUCUACAUUUUAGAAGGUCAGCCCCACCUCAGAAGCGAGGACAGAUACAGACACAUCACAAAUGAGCGCGCUCGAGCCCCAACCGUGUAUCCAGUCAAACGCAAGCGCAGCCAUGACAGAGGUCUGACUCUGGAGGAAAGGCGAGAGCGGGUGCUGAGCAGAACUGUCGGUAAAGCCACCCAGAGAGCAGCAACACUACCAGCACAGGCCAUCUUUAACAGGCCCCAAAGCCCCACAUCCACCUGGAGUCCAACCCCCAGCCCCACCAGCCCUCUGCCCACCCAUGUCUACUACACACCAGUCAUGGAUGAACCACUUGCCCUCAUCAAGAAACCAAGAAAAGACCCAGAGAGCACAGAGCAGAAGGCUAAAAGCUCUGCUAACACUCAAAUCCAGAUGCGUCCCUCUGUGAUCACUCGUGUCUCUUCGUCCAGAAACCCCUCCUGCAGGUCUGACACCCACAGAAGCCCCUCAUCAGUGAUUUCAAAAUCAAACUAUGACCACGUGGUGGAUGAACAUUUCCAGAGAAGCCUCGGAGCGAACUACCAGAAAGCCGCUCGCUCCCAGCAGCUCUCCAUCAGCGUUUCUGUUGAUGACCACUUUGCCAAGGCUCUGGGGGACAAGUGGCUGCAGAUUAAGUCCAAGUCUUCCUCCUGCUCCUCCACACCUCCCAGCAGCCCAAGUGUCACCCACUCUCCCACCUACAAAGAGUCCAUCAGCUGCUCAUCGCCAACUUCCAGCCACUGGUCCGUCAAUUAAAAAGCAUGAACAUGUGAGAAGAAACUGAACUUUGACUUUAAACAUUUCAGUGCGUGCAGCUCUGCUUGUUCAGCAACAGAAAAGCCAGCGCUUGUAUGGAGAGGGCGAGCUCACCAGUGCUGGAGCGCUGUCACCUUGGACCACUGUGUGUCCAAGUUUGAGACGCAGACAAAUGUAGCAUGAAUCAGGACGUCCUUUUUUGUUACAUUUCUCUCCCCAUUGCUUGUGGAUAGCAUCAGGAUAACGAGAUUCUGUAGAUGGUGACAUGGGAUGAUUGAAAAGUAUCAUCAGUAAUCCUUUACAUUUCUUGUUGUGUCAUUCCUUUAUGACACAGUUGUAUUGUAUUAUAUUUAUAAUCUGAUAACUCUGGGUUCCUUAUAGUCUCAGCAACCUGCCUAUCUGCUGUAUGAUAUUACACUUCUAAGCUUUACACAAAACGGAGACUUUUUAAAAAACUUUGAAAAAUAAAAAUGUCCAAAAUUCUGCAGCA